CAUCCGACAGCGAUUGAAGUCACUCGCGUGUCGCCAAAAGGGUUGAAACACCAUCGCGCGAUCUCACGCUUCCGCUGAGCCAGAUUGUGAGGGAACUCCAGUGCCAAGGAACCACCCGCGGGGGGCCACAAACCCCUCGAAGGCUCCUCCUCACCCUGGUGAUUGAGUGCAUUCGAGUGCUGUGACGGUUGAGUAAAUGUUUGUUUCUCCACUGUGCAAAUGAAAGUAGUCGCAUUUUGCAUGCAAAUCACCAUAACUUGUGCUGUCAUUUGCUGGGCAAUUAAAAAUUGUGCCACAUUCUCACCAUUGAUGAAGAAGUGAAUAGGGAAGCCACCCUUUGUGACUCUUUGGCUGGAUGUGUUGUGUGUGACAAAGAGCUCAACCCGGCGAAAGUGCUGAGAACCAUGCGCUCAAUUGAGAUUGUGGAAAUAAAAAGGCAUUAAGGACAUUAUUUCUGGGAAAUUCAUCACAAUUGCGAACGAGUGGUAACUUUUGCCAUCUCACGAACUGACGAAAAGAAGCGCGCGCUCUGACACGCCCAGGAGGCCAAAGCUGCAGAAGUUUCGCCAUCCGCCAAGAAGUGCCGCGAAGAAGAAGAACAAAACGAGUGAACACGGAAAGUGCUCUCAAGAAUUUAAAUAUGAGCUGAAGUGAGACGCGCUCAGGUAUGAGAUGAGGUGAUAAAAUCGAUACCGCGUGAUGAUGUGCUGUGAUUUGGCUGAAAGUUGCGAGUCUGCUGGAUAAAAUAUGAAAAUAAGUGACCGGAAAAUGUAUUGUACGGUGAAAUCCAUUUGCACUCAGUUCGGAGCACUCGAGUCCUGCUGAAGCUCUCUUCCUCACGCUCCAACACCGCCCAGAGUCCUCAUCGAUGGCGAACGGUGUGGCGCCCGCGAUGGCGCCAUGUGUUCUUGGGCUGCUGCUCCUGGCAUUCAACUCAGGCACUUUGGCGACGGGAUCGCGGAAAUUCCUCACGGACUUCCUUCAGGAGUGGCCAACGCCCGGAACGGGGCCGUACUUUGACACAUCUGUUCCCUCCAACAUCACCGGACUGGUGGGCAAGACUGUUCAUCUCGUGUGCAAAGUGAAGAACCUGGGAAACCGAACGGUCUCUUGGGUGAGGCACAGAGAUAUUCACCUGUUAACUGUCGGACGGUACACCUACACCUCUGACCAGCGCUUCGAGGCGAUGCACUCGCCACACGCCGAAGAGUGGACGCUUAGGAUUAGAUACGCCCAGCGCAAGGACUCGGGCAUCUACGAGUGCCAGAUCUCCACCACGCCGCCCAUGGGGCAUCCCGUGUUCCUCAACGUCGUGGAACCCAUUACGGAAAUUAUUGGUGGGCACGACCUGUUUAUCAACAAGGACUCAACGAUAAAUCUAACAUGUGUUGUGCGUUACGCACCGGAACCGCCGCCGGCGAUGAUUUGGUCACACAAUCGUCAGGUGAUAAACUUCGACUCCCCUCGCGGCGGCAUUUCGCUGGUGACGGAGAAAGGGCCGCUCACCACCAGUCGUCUGCUCGUCCAGAAGGCCUCGCAGGGUGACUCGGGCCUCUACACGUGCGCCCCAUCCAAUGCCAAUCCGUCGUCAGUUCGCGUCCACAUUCUCAAUGGAGAACAUCCAGCCGCUAUGCAUCACGGUGUGUCGAUGAAGCUGCGCGGUCCAGACGCCGCCACCUUACUCCUCGUGGCGGUCUUCUUCACGAGCAUCCGGUGGAAAUGGGACUGCUGGCGGCACUCGCAGCCCAUAUAGCUACCGUCUCUCCAGGUGGCGGAAUGCUAAUGGCACGGUCGGAUGGUGGAAAGCUCCGAAUUAGCAUUAAUGAUAGACCGUCUGACACGUUUCUAAAUUAUUCAGAAGAGGGGCACGCUCCGGACAGAAAUUCCUGACAUUCUCCUAGGAAUAUUCGAAUUUAAGCCAGAUAUUUGUCCAAUGUAUAUUAUAUAUACAGAGGCAUUUAAUGCCGAACCGAUCGUGGGGCGAUUCUCCCUCUUUUUUCACUUUGUUUUGGGGGCGUGGAAAAAGGCAUAUAAUCCUAUUAAGGGGCGGAAAGCUCCCAAGCUCACCCAAAUGCAUACAAUACAGCAAAAGACAGAGAGAGAGAGAGAGAGAGAGAGUGUGGUAAAUUAGAGCUGAGUAAGGUUGCAAGGAAGACAAUUUACAUAAUUUAUUUUUAGACACCAUUUCAUGAACUCAAUGUGUCUCUGGGCGUUACACAGGUUUACAAGUUGUGUCAACAGAAAAUGACUAAGCGUGCAAAAGCUCUCUGUCCGUUCCUUCUGAAUCAGUUGCUUUCCACCCUCCCCCCCCCCCCCAAAAGGGAAGGAGUGGAACAGAAAAAUCAAAUAAACAGGACACAUGUGGUGUAAAUGCAAAGUUUGAUAAACCACGAGAAUUCACAAGUUUUCCACCGCCCGUAAACUUGAGAGUGUGAAAGUUCUUAUGGGUGAAAGCUUGAAAACUCCACAAAGUCCCUCUUGACCAAAUCUCACACCUUUCCACACUCGCCAGUCGCAUUGAAUUUAUCACUUGCAAGUUAAAUUCCUCCACCCUCUGCCGUCACUCCUUUUGUGUCGCCCCAGAUGAGAGUGUCGUGCACCAUGAAAACUAAUUGUCCCCGUGGGGAUUUUUCUCACACUCAUUUUUCUCCACCCCCUGGUGGUUGAAAAUGGGGUGAAAAUUUUGCAUUGCAGCAAAUGAAGCAACCUCUUGCGACAGUUUAAGAAAGAAAUUGGGGCUCAUUCGAUGGAAAGAGAGUGGCAAAAGUCAGCGAAAAGAAUUGUGCGAAGCUCCCCAAAAAAAUGUCUCCCCAGCAAAAGAGAAGGGAAAGUCACCCCUCGUCAUUUUCACCUCCAAAGCGGGGGUGAAGCGACAUUAAAUGAAAUUUUAUUUGUCAUUUUGGAGUGUGAAAGAAAGAGAAAGUCAAAAUGAUAAUUGAAGAUAAAAGAGUGGCGAAAGGAAGCGCUUCGCCUAAAGAGGCGCAACAAACACAAGAGUCAUUUUUGUGAUAAUUCCAUUGAAAAUCGUGUGACUUUUGGCGGGAAGGCGAGGCCUUCCACCUUGUCGCACAGGAACAAUUUCCAAUGGAAAUAUCAGACGCUCUCGGAAGGGUGACACUCACACACCCUUCCUCCCAAAGCAUUGAAUAUACCGCAGAAAAGUUGUACAUAAGAAUGCUGGAUUCAUGAAAUAUUGUAACAUGACUUCUCCGGAAGGAGAGGAAGACACUCAAGCGAGAUAUUGACAUUGAGAGAAAUCAUGUAUAAAAAAAGAUGAAGUCUAAUUUAAAAGGAUAGAUUUAUGUAAUUUCAGAAGAUGAGAAAAAAAUACUGUAUAGAAGAGUAUUCAAUUGUUUCUAUAAAUGAGGACAAAUUGACAUUUUCCAUUAACUACCAUAGAGAAAAUGAUUAAAUAUAUAAGGAAUAAAUAUGAUGUGAGAGGAUGUUGAUCUUUGAAAGAAAAAUUUGCGACACAUUUAACAGAGAUACUUUAAGCAUUUUGUUAUACAAAUCGUCAGAUUUACCAAAGAUGAAAUAUAGUUGUUACUUGAUUUACGAAUGUGAGCCAUUGACAGACAGGAUUACAGACAUCAUGAAAUCAAGACGAAAAGAGAGAGAAAAUUUUAUCCUGAGUUGAAUGUCGAAGAACGAAACAGAUUAUUUUCGAUGAAUAAAGACUCCUUCAAGAGAUGAUA